AUGCAAUCGGAAGAGUUAUCUUCUGGGCCCUAUAUAACUGUUACUGAUAAAAAUAAUUUGAAGCUUGAAUAUAACGGACCAGGAAUAGAUUUUUUGGACGAAGCCUCAAUUAGAGCUAAUAAUCCCAUUCCACCAGAAGUUGGAUUAUUUUAUUUUGAAAUAACAGUUUUAAAUAGUGGAGAAGAUGGAUGUAUCGUAAUUGGAUUUUGUAAGUCAGGUGUUCGGCUUAAUCUACUGCCAGGAUGGGUUUCUGAUUCAAUUGGAUAUCAUGGAGAUGACGGCUAUAUAUAUUGUGAUGAUAUAUAUAGAGCAAUGUUUGGACCUUGUUACUCGACAGGAGAUACAGUUGGUUGUGGAAUUAAUUUUUUUAACAUGGAAAUUUUUUUCACAAAAAAUGGGAUAAACAUAGGUAAAGGGGAAUUCAUACAUUUUGAAACAUAUUCUUAUGAUAAUUAUGAAAUAGUAGGAGAAAUGUAUCCCAUGUGUGGAAUGUCAAAAAAUGGAGAAUGUACUGUAGCCAAUUUCGGAAUGAAGCCUUUUAUGUUUGAUAUUGAUAAUUAUGCAGAGGUAAUUUUUACUGGUGCAGAAUUAAAGAAAACUUGA